AGCGAGAACGUCGUCGCGUUAGCGUGAAUUAAUUAUUAAUUAACUAUAAAAAGUACAUAGUAUAUAUUUGCAAAAAUAUUAAAAUGCAAAUAACUGCGAGCGGAUACAGUUGUGUGCAGUUUUAUUUCGUUUCGUCCCAAAAUGUGUUGCGUGCACGCGCAAAUAUGUCGUGGUGAUGCCAGAGUCAGCUAAAAAAGGCGAUGUAUGAUUUUGCAAGACUUUGAAAAACAGAGAGAGAGAAUAACAAAGCCAAGUCAAGGUGAAAAUUAUACAAAAAAUUAAUGGAUGCGCGAUCCGAUAACAUAUGCAUAUCAAAUUAACGAAAUAUGCUCGUAUUUCGGAGCGAUCAAAACUGUGUGAAAAUAAUUUCAAGGUUUGCACCGCGAGCAAGCGAAUAGAAAGCAAAAGCCCUGGCAACUGAACCAAAAACUAAACAAAUAAACACCACACUAGCUGCAGCAAUUGUUAUAUAUUUAUUAUUAUACAAAUACUUCCAAGCGAUACACUGUUUAUUACGCGAUUGAGGAACCACAACUACAAUAACAACGAUAUGAAGUACACAACGGGAACAGACAACGCGCUGCCCACGAGCAGCAGCAGCAACAACAGCGAUCUACAAACAGCAGCAACUAUAACACAGCAGCAACAAUCCGCAACGACAACGACAAGUGCCGUCAAUAAUACAACGGCCGCCACUACAAAUCCCAAUACAAAUACCAAUCCAAAUCCCAAUCCGAAUCCCACUACCAGCAACAAUCAAACCGAUAGCAAUGCGAAUGGAGGAGAGGCGCAACAGUCGGCCACACAGACGACGGCGUCACCAAAUAAUGCCUUAUUCUGCGAACAGGUGACGACGGUGACGAAUCUGUUCGAGAAAUGGAACGAUUGUGAGCGGACCGUUGUGAUGUAUGCACUACUGAAGCGUCUACGGUAUCCGAGCCUCAAGUUUCUACAGUAUUCCAUAGACAAUAAUCUGACACAGAAUCUGGGCACAUGCCAAACGAAUCUGAGCAGCGUUGUCAUUGACAUCAAUGCCAACAAUCCGUCAUAUUUGCAAAACCUUUUGAGUGCAUACAAGACUUGUCAGCCGAGCAGCGAUUUGUGUGUGCUUGUGGAUGGCAUGUCGUCCUCUUCCUCCGACAAGGAUUCAAUGCCCUGUUAUGGCAGUGAUUUUCAAUUGACCAGCACAACAAGCCAGCAUCCACGCAAAGAGGAUUUAUUGCACGAGGUGCUCAAUAUGCUGCCAUUGCUCAAGCCGGGCAACGAGGAGGCCAAACUCAGUUAUAUGACGCUAAUACCGCUCGCUGUUAAGGACACGGUGCAGCAGCUGGUGCCCACUGAGCUGGUGCAACAGAUUUUCUCGUAUAUGUUCAUACAUCCCGCCAUUGGCAGCGACGAUCGACGCUCGCUGAAUGUGUGGCUGCGUCAUCUCGAAGAUUUCAUUCAGGCCAACAAGCGCAGCGGCAGCAGCAGCAACAGCAGCGGUGCCGGUGGCAGCUACUUUGUGCAGCCGGAGCAACUGCAAUUGCAUGCAAUUGUGGGUACGGGAACUGGCAAUGGCACCAUUUCAGACAGCUCAUCAUCGUCCUCCUCGUCGCUGGGUAAUUUGACGCGCAGCGUCGAUUGGCAAACGAUUGCACCGCCUAGCCGACACCACCAUGGCAAGCAGCUGCCCAGGCAGCCGGGCGAAUGGCGGGGCAGUGUGAGCGGAUCAUGUGGAUCGAUCAAUCCACUCUGUGAUAAUUUAAAUGGUAUUACACUGAACGAAUUAGCAUCUAGUCAGAAUAGCUUAGGCCUCUCCCUGGGCAGCAAUUCGUCGCUGGUCAACGGCGUCGUCGCUGGCGCUGCAGCCGGCUCAAUAUUGGGCAUCGGUGGCAAUGAUGAUCACGACACAUCGUUUAGCAAGAACGGCACCGAAAUCCUCGACUUUGAGCCCCCCCUCCAUGGCGAUGCGGAGACACCUAGCGGAAUUGCCAGCGGUAGCAGCCUGAGCCAACAACAGGCUUCUUCCUCGCAUGCCGCUCCCACGCAUGCCCCACCCAUUCUGCCACAGCUGUUGCAGCCGCCACCACCACCGCCACCGCCACAACUGCCGUAUGCUUCCAUACUGAUGGGCUAUGUGGGAGAUCAGUUUGGCGACGUGAAUCGCUGGAGCUUGGACAGCAAGAUUGCAGCGCUUAAGACGCGACGCUCCAAUAGCCUGACCACCCAAACGAUCUCCAGCAGCUGUUCGUCGAACUCAUCGAACUCGUCUGUGAUCACGGUGAACGACAAUUGCUCUAAUUCGACGGAGAAUUUGGCUCAGUUUGCCAACAAGCCGCGAAGUUUCUCGCUCUCCAUUGAACACCAUCGCAACAACAACAACAACAAUACGCUGGCGAACAGCACAUCGGACCCACGCUUGGAUGACUUUAAGCCCAGCUACAUUAAGUUCCAGACGCGCAAUGUGGGCAUGUCGGGAAUUGGGCUAUGGCUGAAAUCGUUACGUCUGCACAAGUACAUUGAGCUGUUCAAGAAUAUGACGUACGAGGAAAUGCUGCAGAUUAGCGAAGAGUUUCUGCAGAGCGUUGGCGUCACCAAAGGUGCCUCACACAAGUUGGCGCUGUGCAUUGAGAAGCUCAAGGAACGCUCCCACAUACUGGGUAAAGUGGAACAGGAGCUGCACACUGGCCAGAUGAAGAUUAGCACCGCCAUCGAAGAGCUCACAAACAUUGUGCUGACACCGAUGAAGCCCUUGGAGUCGCUAUCUGGUGAGGAGAACAUUGGAUUGCGUUUCCUCAAGGUUAUCGAUCUGGUGAGCAAUGCACUGCAACAGGAUCCGUACUGUGCCCAGGACGAGGAAACAUUGGGCGUCUUUAUGUGGAUACUGGACCGUUCCAUACACAACGAGGCAUUCGCCAAUCAUGCCAAUCAACUCAAGGAGCUCAAGUUCAAGUUGUCCAAGCUGAAGAUGUCCAUGGUGCCCAAGCUGCAUCAUGUGAAGACAACGGGCGGCGCAGCUGGCAACAUGAAUAAGCCCAGGUGGAACGGAAAGAGCCGCAAAUGUGAUCCGAAAAACGGUAGCAACGAUCGCAUCAAUCAUCGCAAAAACUCAAAUGAUAUGCUAAACUUUUCGCUCAGCUGCCUCCAGCAUCCAUUGCAGCAGCAUCAUCAGCAGCAACAACAGCAGCAGCCGCCGCCUCCGCAACAAUUUGACUACAGUGGUGGCUAUCAGACGCCAGUACAGUACAAGAGCUCCUCCUAUCCCAGCUUCAUUAGCAAUCCCCAACAGCAGCAACAACAACAGCAGCAGCAACAGCCGUUAAAGCAUCAUUCACAGCAUGCACAACAAAUGCAGCAAAUGUUGCAGCAGCAGCAACAGCAGCAGCAUGCACAGCACUUUCCAGCGCUGCCACAGCAGACGCCGCCGCCUCAUCAUCGACGCUCGCUGAACAAUCUUAUUGUGGUCGCUGGUGGGCCACAGCAGCCCCAACAGCUGAUCUUUAAGCCCGGCCAGGGUGUCCUAACCAACAGCACCAAUGACAACCUGCAGCAUCAACAGCAGCGCAAGCCUAGCCUGAAUGGACUCUCUGGUCUGGUCUCUGGAUCAUCAUCAUCCUCAUCGUCAUCAUCGAGUGGAGGGGAGCAGCAGCCAAAGAAGACGAUGGCCGCUGUUGUGAUGGUUAGUAAUUCAAAUCAAAAUGAAUCCGCUCAACAUCAACAACAACAGCAGCCGCAGCAGCAGCAGCCGCCUCCGCAAAUAUUAAUUAACAACAGCAACAACAAUAACAAUAAUAACAGCAGCAACAACAACAACAACAGCAACAUAUUGAACAACAAUUUGAUAAACCAUCAGCAGCUGCAAUUGUUGGCUGCUGCUGCUGCUGCCGCCGCUGCAAUGGGUAAUGGCGGCAACUGUUUGUGCCCUGGUGAUGGUGGUAGUGACAAUAUCGUCGCCUGUAGCAAUAGUAUUUGCCAGCAGCCUAACAACAACAAUAAUAAUAAUAAUAAUAACAAUAACAACACAAACAACAACAACAAUAUGGAUCAGUGCUUGUCUCAGCCGCAGCUGAUCAAUCUGAGCAUGUCCACGCUUAAGGAUAGCUUCAAUAUGCCGCCGCAUGAUUACAAAAUGAAUGACUUUAAGAGCUUGGAGCAGCUGGAGACGCUCUGCCGUCAAAUGACUGAGCAGGCAAUGAACUAGAAACUGUUGGCCAUUCUAUUCUAUUCUUUAGAUUUUAUUUUGAAAUUCUUCAAUGUUUCAUUGUUGUUUUGUACGCUUGAUUUGUGUAUGCGAGUGCGCUUGUACGUUUGUAUCGAACCUAGAAAAUAUGAAUGGUGUUUUUUUGUAAUCGUUUUUAGUUAUGUAAGAAACCAAAAAAAAAAGUUAGUUAAAUGUUAAGUUUAUUAUCUCUGUGCGUGCGUGCGUGUCUAUAUGUGUGUGUGUGUGUUAAAUGACGCGUCUGCUGGGCAAUCUUGGAGCUGCUGCUACCACACUCCAUACUGCAACGGCUGGCCGUUCAAAACUGGCAGGGCCUAGCUGAAAAUUCCUCCUCCAAAAUAAGAAAUGAAAAAGCAACUAGGCGCAGCUAGGGCGCAGCUCCAAAGGGUUGGCCCAGAGGCGGCGCUUUUGCUGCCAAUGUUUAUUAAUGUUUAAGUUGAUAAAUUUGUCAAAACGUAGUUCCAACUAAUAAUCACAAAACUCCAUGCAGCAAAUGAUUGCAACAAAACAAAAAUAAAAACCAAGACAACAACAAACUAAAAGUAGCAACCAAAACCAACAAACAACAAUUUUCUCUCUGUAGGAAAAUUUGGCCAAAUUUGAUCAACAUUUUACGCUAUUCUGACGCAUGACGCUGGCCUCCCUCUUAAAAACAAAACAAAAAGAAAAAACAGACGUCGACGACGAAAUAUGCAAUUUGCAUACAAUACAUACAUAAAUAAAAAUAUGUAUAUGUUAAUGAAUUAUAUUAUGAACUCUGCAUCGUGACCAUGAGACUGACUAAGAUUACUAUAUUCGCAACUAUAAGAACUAGAGAAGCUGGAAUAAACUAAAACAAAAACAAAAACAUGUUUGAAGAAGCACACACGAUACACGACGACGACGACACGAAAUGCGAAUCAAAAAAACGUUGCUUGCUGAAAGUCACAUAAUGAACUAUGUUUAUACACAUAUAUAUAUAUAUCUAUAU